CGGAACUAUUGUUACUGCAACCAAACGGAAAUGUUUGCAUGUGGAAUUGUCCGUUCAUCUAAUGUGUCCGUCACUGUCGUAGGUCACCUGUGGUGUUUUUUAUUACACAACCUCAUGAGUAUUUUAACUCUGAAAUGGAUGACGACGCCCCAGAUGAGGCGUUUGCUGAGCUGAAAACCAGGGAAGUCAGUGGCUGGGAAGUUGCUCAGAUUGGUGCUGCUACUGGCCUGGCUGUUUAUGCCAUGUGGGCAGGAAUCCUCCAGCCAGGCUUCCGAAAAGUCCCAUUGAGGUUACAGGUACCGUACAUACCUGCCAGUGAAGCCCAAGUGAGCAAUGUGAUGACAUUGCUAAAAGCCCGAAAGGGAGGCCUUGUGGAUUUAGGAUCUGGUGAUGGCCGCAUAGUUUUGGAGGCCUAUCGACAAGGCUUCACUCCUGCUGUUGGCUAUGAACUCAACCCAUGGCUUAUUCGAUUUUCCCGCUUCCAUGCAUGGAGAGCAGGUCAUCACGACAAAGUGUCUUACCGAAGAGAAGACCUUUGGAAGGUGGACUUGACGGAAUGCAAGAAUAUUACUGUUUUUUUAGCUCCGAGUGUGCUUUCACUACUGCAGGAGAAGAUGGAGGCCGAACUUCCUGAUGAUGCAUUAGUGGUAGCUGGCCGUUUCCCCAUCCCUGAUUGGACGCCGUGCAGAACCGAGGGACACGGGGUGGACAGAGCCUGGGCGUACAGCAUGAAAGCACAAAGACAGCUCACUCUAAAUAAAAAUAAGAAGUUCACAGGCAUGGAUGGACAUGUUAGCAAUGAAUAGAAGCAACCACUUGAUGGAUCAUAUGGGCUUACCUUCAAAAAUGGACACAUUUAAUGUAUUUUCUGAACACAAUUUGUAUUCUAUCUACCGGUAUAUAUCAGUAUUGCAAUUAUUAUUCAUUGACUAAUGAAAUGCAUUAUGUGCAAAUCCAAAGUAGAAUUGUGUGAUGUGUUUAUGUAAAGCCAGCUGGUCUCAGAUAAUUUUGGGCAUUUGUUUUGACAAAAUAAAUUAUUUUGCCUUUUUGGUCUCAUAACUUCA